AACAAACCCAGCGUUGACAUGUGCCAACAUAACCUCACAAAAUUCAAAAAGGGUUGCUCCCACUUUCAUGCUUACAUGCAUGCAGGCCAGCGCAGUAAACAAAUUCUAUCAUGCUGGAUCGGUAGCUGGGCGGCUGCUUCGCAAAACCUUAAUUUUAGAUUAUAAGAAGAGGAACUAUGGCCGUGUACCACGACGAGGUCGAAAUCGAGGACUUUGAGUACGACGAGGAGGACGAGAUGUACUACUAUCCGUGUCCGUGCGGGGACCGGUUCCAGGUUAGCCGGGAGGAGCUGGAGGCCGGGGAGGAGGUCGCGACGUGCCCGAGCUGUUCGCUGAUCGUGAAGGUGAUUUACGACCCGGAGACGUUUCAGGCGCGCCAGGACGAGGUGGAGGUAGGCUCGUCGAAGGGGGGAUCGUCCAAGGAGAAGGAGGUUAGCAGUGAGUGAGGCGAG